CUAUUAGGAAUUAUAUACUUAUAUAGAUACGGUGUCUGUUUUUUUGGACAUGUCCUAAAGAACAGGCACCAUUGAUGACCUGCAGUCAUGUACAAUGAAAUUACAAUUAUAUAAUAAUACCUUCAGUUGCUGACGGCUGAAGGUAUUAAUACAUAAUUCUAAUUUCUUUCUAUUAGGAAUUUCCCUAGACCUCACACUAGAAAACAACUGAUUUCAUUUCUAGGACUCUGUUCUUAUUUUGGACCUUUCCUGUCACAACAACUACUUAACAGUAAGCAUCUUCUAGAUUUUCUUAAGAAGACACUGGUAUGGAUCUGAUCUGAGCAGUGCCAGCAAGAUUUUGAUAACACAUAACUGAAUACAAACAUUUUAGACCAUCCAGACUUUAGUUAAGAUUUUUGUUUGCUGUGUGACACGUCAUUUCGUGGCUUGGGUUGUUGCCUAUUUCCAGUAGUUAAGAACGGAAAAGAGGAACAGGUAAAUACCAAUUGAUUUGCAAGCCACACUGUAAGUGAAUGUGAAUGUACUUAUUCAACCAAUGCUCCUGAAACUCUUUCUAUUGUCUGGGCUUUCAAAAAGUUUAACUAUUAUUUAUAAGGUGUCAGGCUGGGUUACAUGAAGCAAAAUCCUGAAAUCGACAGUCUCGCUUUUGCAGAUGAUCUAACAAUUUUUUCUGAUUCCAUGGAAGCAGCUGAGAGACAGAUUAAUGAGUUUAAUGUACAGGCACACAAGACUGGCCUCCAAAUUUCAUUUCAGAAAAACGAGGUUAUAAUGAACAUAAAUUCACCACCAAGGGAGCUUGCAGUGGGUCAAGGCAAAAUUAAGCGAGUUGAAAAGUUUAAAUAUCUCGGAGAAUGGAUAACAGCCACCUUAUCAGAGAAAGAAGUCUUCAUAUCACGCAUGAACAAAAUGAAAAUGGCAUUCCAUUUAUUCAAAAACAUUUACAACAAAAGAUCAGUAUCGUUCAAUGAAAAGUUAAGGCAUUACUGUAGUGCUAUCCGUCCAGAGGUCUUGUGCACUUCUGAAUGCCUCGCAAUGAACAAAAAUGGCCUAAUCGAAAAGCUGGAGGCCAAGGAAAGGAAGACUUUGAGAAAGAUCUUAGGUCCCAUUAAAGAGAAUGGUGAAUAUAGAAGACAUCAUAAUCAUGAACUAUGUUCCCAUAUAGAGAAGAUAACUGACACCAUCCAGAAAAGGAGGAUUGUGUUUCAUGGACAUAUGACUCGAAUGAGCCCUGGAAUAGUCAUCAAUUGUAUGAUCACCUACUUUCAGGAGAGAAAAACAAAAUGGGCAUGGUUCACAGAGGUAGAGAAAGGUGUUAAAGAAAUGGGAAUCAUCCGUGAUGACAUCUUGGAGCAUAUCUCACUCAAGGAGAAACUUAUGGUGUGGCAGGGUUUGCAAGAAAAGUCAAAAAUGAAAACAGGGAAGGCUUGGACGAGGAGAGGAAGGAGCAACACUGAGAAAAAAAGUUGUGAGCAAACAUCAGAACAUGUAAUGCAAGACAGUUGAAACGAAAUAACGUGGUCCAAAGACAGCCUACACGAAAUGAAUGAAUGAAUGAAUGUAUCGUAAACAUGACAAUUUAUACAGAUCACCAAUCACCGACAUUUUUGUUAACAUGUAAGUUAGUUCACCCUAGAUUUAU